CAUAUUACUAACAUGCCAAUUUGUUUGUUGUGAUUUAUUAUCAGCCAGACUCAUAUUUGCUUUAAAUGUCAAAUUUAUUUACGACGGAGUGAUUUAUCUAAGCUUGGAAUGGUACGUGUUAACGGCUGUUCAUAGAUCCUACCUGCCGGAUCUUCUUUUCAUUGAGAUUGCCGUUAUGACUGAUGAAGCCGAGCUGUUGAUUACCUGGCUUCUGUAAAGGCACGGUUACUGUACUGGUGUUAGUUUGUGCUUGUGCAAUAAAACUUGUAAAAUACAGCAACCAGAUGUCCGAGCCUGAGUACGACACAGUUUCAUCAGUCAAAACACACCCUUACGGUGGGAGUUUGCUAAAUUAAAGGUAGUUAGCUUAGUAAAAACCGUACAGUAAUCAACACUUAGCCAGCCCCCGCGACGGAGAAGCGGAGGAGGGUCUGUGUCGACUACGGAGAAUCCAGCAAUUAGACGGAGCCCGGCCGAUCGUCACGGCCGAUCGACGUGACUUCGUUCUCAAAACACCGUUAAACCCUCGUACGUGAGAGACUGUGUGUGGAUUUCUUUGCUGGGACUAUUAGGGCGCUGGCGUAGGAUAAGCCAGCCGCCGAAAACGAACUUUUAAUUCAGUUACUAGCCGUUAAGUGACCGGAAGUGGGUCGCCGCCAUCUUUGUUGAGGGCAAAGGAAUAACGCCGGUAAUAAACAAGAAGGAAAAAGUCAGUAUGGCAUGCCGAGAAGAAUUGAAGAAAAGGCGGUCCUCUGCGCAAGCAGCUUUCACUAGGAAAGCCAAUUCCAUUGCCUUUAACAUUGACCUUCUGACUGAACAUGACCUCAUGUCUGAAAGUAGGACACUCAAAGACAGUUAUAGUGAGGUUUGUGAUAGCAGUUUUGAUUACAUCGCUGCUAUGGAAGAAGAAGAUGCAAGUGGGCUUGCAGCAGAAAUAGCUGAGGUGGAGAAGAAGCUGCAGGACUGCCGCUCAAAAUACCAGACCACAGAAAUGAAGCUAAAGGAAGCGUCAUGGUCUCGUUGUGCAUCAGGUCAGUUUGACAGUCUAAGAGUUGACCUAAAAGAUGCGAUUAGCCAGGUGGAGGCGCUCAAAAUGGGUCAAAUAAAACAGGAUCAGUUUGACUCAAUGCUCCCUGCUGUGGAAGGCAGAGAGGAAGCUCUGAGUGAGUUUGUGCACAAGUGGGAUCGUUAUGUUCCAGAGAAAGAAGUGAACGUUAUGCGAGCUUGUCUCAAAGAGCUCAAGGAAAGGAGGAGAGUGGCUAUGGUGGUGCUGGCUACCACCCUAGAUGGAAGAAGGAGAUCUGGGUGUGGCGACCUUAGAAGCAGGACUAGCAGUGAAGGUGAAGGCAGUGAUGAAGGUGGCGGUGGAGUGACGACCAGCACUAGCAAGCCCAGUGGGCCCGCUGCAACCGGUGGAGAUAACGGCCCAGCGCAUGCCAAUGGUGCGCUAGAUGCUGACGUGCACCCUGCUGCAUGCCAAAGUGCUGCCGUGGGCAGUAGUAACCAGGUUAUUGAUGAAGGUGGCCCUGAUGGGGCACGAACUGCAAGUCCUUCCAUUGCAGCCCUUCAAACGCCACCACAGGGACCACUAUCCCAGGGUCUGGGGAGUCCUGUGUUCAACCCUGGCCCCUCAGGCACGCCACAGCAGCUUCGGGGAGUGCAUGGUGUGAGACCCAAUGGCACUGGGGCAGGACAGAGCACGUCUACCGUCUCUCAAGGAUCACUCGGAACAAGGAUCGCACUCGCACCCCUGAGCCUGCCAAAGUUCUUUGGGGACAGGAGAAGCUACUGGCGCUGGAAGAGUAACUGGGGGACCCUCCAAGCAUUAGCGGAACCCACAGGUUCCCCGGAGUGCAGGCUCUUCCACCUGAUGGACAGUAUUGCUGAUCCAGUAAAAUGUGAACUUAGGCUGUCUCACUGCCGCACUGCGAGUGAGGUUUUCCGAGUUCUAGAGGACUGUUAUGGUGACGUAUCACAGAUAGCAGAUGACAUUGUACUUGAACUACAGGAGUUACCGGGCGUGCGCAACAACAAACCCAGAGAGGUUUUGCAGUUGAUCCAAGCUGUAGAGAGGGCGCUGUUGGACUUAAUAGACCUAGGUUGUGAAGAUGCCAUAAAAAAUCAGUUGGUGAUCCGGUCACUUGAGAGUAAGCUGCCGGACAGUAUGAAAGAAAGGUGGCUUUUGUACCGAUGUGAUCCUGUCAAUGGUGUCAGUCCACAGAACCGGUUUGAUAAGCUAUGGCAGUUCCUGAAAGAUCAGAAGACAGUUCUGGUGCAACUGGAGCAGUUGCAAUCCAUCAGACAGUCUAAUACUGCCAGGGCAACUGAUCCGAGCCCCCACGAGAAACCAAAAGAGAGACCUGAUCGGAGGAUGGAGAGACGUUCGUUCACCAAGGCUACUGCGAGCGAGACGAGAGGUGAGCUGUCACAGAAUCCUUGCUGUUUGUGUGGCGAAGACGGUCACGCAGGGCGUUUAUACCGCUGUAAGACAUUUAAAAAGGCCAACUCAUCAGAGCGGAGAGCUUACGUGAAAAAGACAAAAGUAUGUCCCAGGUGUCUGGACUCUCAUGGGAGUGAUGACCCGUGUAGUAAAAACUUUCUGUGUCGUAAUGAGGGAUGCAGAAGGGGUGACGCCCCAUCGGAUCACCAUUUCUUCCUAUGCCUUAAAACUCCAACUAGGAAAGAUGCAGCUAGGCAGGGGACCAAAGCGGAUAAAAGGAGGGAACCCCGAGGCCCGACGGAAGAGCAAGAGGCUGUGUUUGCUGGCCUAGGUCUGUCCCCGGAGCAGCUGGAAGCUGUUCGAAGGGCUUGCACAAACAAAGUAACGUCAAAGUUGUGGGCUGGCAGAGGCUCGGAAGAUGAGAGUUGUCUGAAGGAGCUCCCGGUCCUCAUGAUGUUGUUGGACGUCACCACCAAGAGGGGAGACUGGAUUGGAGCACUCAUCGAUUUAGCCUCUGACACGAAUUACAUCACCCACGAGGCAGCGGAAAGGCUUGGUCUGCCUGGUGAACCAAUCACCUUAGUUGUUCAUGGUGUUGGUGGUAUGGAGGCAAAAGUAGAGACAAAGAGAUACCUGGUGAGCAUAAAAGUAGCCACAAAGAAGGGAACAUGGCGACUCCAUGAGAUGGUUUGCUAUGGAUUAGAAGAGAUUGCCAAUGUGGGUCACGUCGUGGACUCUGGGCGCCUGGAGAAGUUUUUCCCAGGCUCCGUCGAACCGGGGGAACUGAUCCGCCCGGAAAAGAUUGAGCUACUCAUCAGCACCCGGGAGGGUCGUCUAGCCCCCCAGAGAAUGAUGAGGUGCGGUGACUUGGUUCUGUGGGAUGGUCCGUUGGGGAAAACCAUCAGUGGCGCACACCCAGAUCUGUUUGAGGAUGUGGAGGUGACUGCACGUCUCUCAUCAACCCAUUUUGCGUGCUCCAUGAGGGCGGAGUCUCAGAGAGUUGUGUCCCUCCUUAACUGCUGCCCAAAACCAAAGAACAGCAUAGAGGUCGGUACCACGGCUACAUCCAACACUGAGAUCAUCAAAUGGCUGCAGUGGGACAGUAUUGGUGCCGCCUGUGAUCCCAUGUGUGGCGGGUGCCGCUGCGGGAAGUGCGCCCCUGGAGGGAAGGAAAUGUCACUUGCUGAUGAAAGAGAGUUGGAGAUCAUCAGAGGAGGUCUAACCUUCAAGCUGAGUGACAAUCAUAGUGACAAGCCCCAUUGGGAUGCUAAAUAUCCCUGGAAAGAGGACCCUGCGACCCUGCCUAACAACCGCAAAGCUGUGGAGGCGACUUUCCUGAAGUCAGAAAAGCGCCUCGAGAAAGAUCCGCUAUGGAAGGCAGCUUAUGCUAAGCAGGUGUGUGACAUGCUGGCUAGGGGGGCCGCUAUCCAGCUUUCCCAGACGGUGUUGGACGAGUGGAAAGGAGCCGUGUGGUGGAUAAACCAUUUGAUGGCGCCCAACCCGCACUCCAACAGCACGCCGGUGAGGCUCGUUUGGGAUAGCAGCCAAGUGUACAGAGGUGUUAGUUUGAACAGCAUCUUGAUGAAAGGCCCAGAUGUUCUGAAGGUUUACAUUGGUGCCGAAACCCAGGCUCGCCAUAUCAGACUUGCAACACACACAGCCGCUCCAACUGCUCCCCCAAAUGCUUGCAGAGAUGGCAGAGAGCAAGCGCCAGCACAGAUGGGGACCAGACAAGCAUCUACCACCCCAAAUUGA